UGACCUCCACCGGCGUGCCCCUGUCCCUACCGCUCUGUGUAGCUUCCUCUCGGGUUCUGACCCAGAAUCUCCGGCAGGACUCCCCGAGGGAAUGGCCUUGAGUGGCCAAGAAGACGCGGAAUAUUCCGAGGUCCCGUGACCUCCAGCAUACUCACUGGCCUGAGCCAGGGCAAUGCUGAAGAUGGUGACUUUCUUCCAAGGGCUUCCUAGCCAGAAGUCUGUGCCGGGGACUCUGGACCUCCCUGGAAGCCCCCCAAAGUCACGCUCCACAUCUGAGGCAGAAUCAGAGGGCUCCAUGUCAGAAGCUUCCUCUGAGGACUUGAUGCCAUCCCAGCAUACUGGGAUGGCUCCGGAUGGGGAGGAAGAAGAGUCUGCAAAGAAGGAGAAGAAGAAGUCCAAAGGACUGGCCAACAUGUUCAGUGUCUUCACCAAAGGGAAGAAGAAAAAGAGCCAGCCCAGAUUAUCAGAUCCUGAAGUCCCCCCCAAAUCCAGCCCCGAGCUAGAUGGUCCACCGCCGACAGUGGAGGAGGUCAAGGAGGCCCUGGAGAGUGGGCGGCUGGAGACCGCGUGGCGGGUGCUGGCAUUGGAGCGGGAGCUGGAGGCUGAGGCAACUGCGGGUGGCACAAGUGAGGAGGAGCUGGUGCGCCAGCAGAGCAAGGUGGAGGCGCUGUACUUGCUGCUGCGUGACCAGGUGCUCCGGGUGCUGCGGCGGCCACUGGAGGCGCCACCUGAGCGGCUGCACCAGGCACUGGAGGUGGUAUCACAGCAGGAGCUGGAGGACCGUCGGGCAGCCACGGCACCCGCGGUGGCGGUGCUGGCAGCUACGCGCCCGCGGUGCUGGCUGCAACUGUGGAGGGGUGGCGUGGCGGAGGUGGCAGCGGAGCGUUUGGACGCGCAGCCAGCCGUGGUGCCCGAGGGCCGCUCGGAGGCCGAGAACAGGUUCCUGCACAUGGGCCGCACCAUGAAGGAGGACCUGGAGGUGGUGGUGGAGCGGCUGAAACCGCUGUUUCCCGCUGAAUUCAACGUUGUGCACACCUAUGCCAAGAGCUACCACGAGCACUUCGCGGCCCACCUGUGCACCUUGGCACAAUUCGAGCUGUGUGAGAGGGACACCUACUUGCUGCUGCUCUGGGUGCAGAACUUCUACCCCAAUGAUAUUCUGAACAGCCCUAAGUUGGCCAAGGAGCUACAAGGUAUCAGGCUUGGGGGCCUCCUGCCCCCUAAGCAGAUCAGGUUGUUGGAGGCUGUGUUCCUGUCCAAUGAGGUGACCAAUGUGAAGUUACUGAUGACCCGAGCUUUAGAGCUAGAGUCUCAGCGCUGGGCCCGGGAUGUGGCUCCCCAGAGCCUGGAUGGCCACUACCACAGUGAGCUGGCAAUCGACAUUGUCCAGAUCAUCUCACAAAGCCAGGUCAAGGCUGAGAACAUCACCUCCAAUGUGGGGCUACAGAUAAAGCAGUUGCUACUGGUGGAGCUGGCUGCACUGCUGAGGAGUUACCAGCGCACCUUUGAUGAAUUUUUAGAGAAAAGCAAACUGUUGAAAAAUUAUAGAGCCAACAUCAUCGCCAACAUCAACAACUGCCCGUCCUUCUGGACGUCUAUGGAGCAGACAUGGCAGAUUCCUCAAGAUUCCCUGAGGUACCUGAUGGAGCCCUUGAAAGAUCUUAAGGCUCAUGGCUUCGACACCCUGCUCCAGAGCCUGUUUUUAGAUCUAAAGCCACUGUUCAAGAAGUUCACACAGACCCGCUGGGCAACGCCAGUUGAGACCCUGGAGGAAAUCAUCACUGCUGUGGGCGUCAGGCUGCCUGAGUUCUCAGAACUGAAGGACUGUUUCCGGGAGGAGCUCAUGGAGGCUGUGCACCUGCACCUGGUGAAGGAGUACAUCAUCCGGCUCAGCAAACGGCGCCUGGUCCUCAAGACCGAGGAGCAGCAGCAGCAGCUGGCAAGGCACAUCCUGGCCAACGCUGACGUAAUCCAGCAUUUCUGCACUCAGAAUGGAUCCACUGCAACCUGGCUGAACCAGGCCCUCCCUAAAAUCGCUGAGAUUAUUCACCUGCAAGAUCCCAACGCCAUUAAGAUUGAGGUGGCCACAUAUGCCACCUUGUACCCUGACUUCAGCAAAGGCCACCUGACUGCCAUCCUGGCCAUCAAAGGAAAUCUACUAAGCAGCGAAGUCAAGAGCAUCCGGAAUAUACUGGAUAUCAACACCGAGGUGCAGGAGCCAUGCAGGCCCCUAUUUUCACUUAUAAAAGUUGGUUAGCUUUUCCAGAUGUCUGAUGUGCUAACGAGCACACAGCGAACAUCUGGCACCACUUCAGUUGGGGAUGAUCCAUGGCACCGGCACUGUGACCCACCACCGACCUCCCACAUUCUUCUAAUGCUCCUGCCUAGCCCUGACUCUAGAACAAGACCUGGCAGCCAGGAUUGAGCAGACCUCUGUCCAGUGGGGCCCAGAACCCACUGUGGGAAACUGACCUGUGAGCCCACAAGAAAUUUCUCGUAAAUGAUGGUUCAUCUUAGGCAGAGUGCCCCUUGCCUUCUAUAUUACAGUCUGUCUCCUGAUGCCCCCCUCAGGUGGCUCUGAGUCGCCCCUCCAGCUUCCUAGGACCAGUGAUAAAGCCUCAUCCUGCUUCCUGCAGCCCGUGGGCUGCAAUGAGAUAGAGCUGAAAACACAGGAAAAAGGAAAAGAUAAUCUCUGCAUCUGGGGCCUGGAAGGAGACUCAUGAAAUGCCAUGGCAGAGCCAGCAUCAGAACCACUUCCGUAGUGGCCCCUAACCCUGCAAGUAGAUCCUGGUGCCACUCAGCCGGGAGGACCGGCUUCUUCACUCCCCAUAGGCUGCCUCUGUGUGAGUGUGUGUCUGGACAGGAACAUGGGGUUUGCAAGUGCGUGCUUAGCUUCCUGUUGAUGCUGUGCCACAUUUUCACACACAGAGUGGGUUUGAACCAGUUCUGCAAACAGCGAGGUGUGACACAGGAUUUUAAUCUAAGUGUGGUCAGGGCCCAUUGCUUUGGAGGCUCCAGGGAAGAAUCAUUUCCUGGGCUUUCCCAGGUUUUAGAGGCUGCCCACAUCUCUAAUCUGAGACCCUGUACCUUCAGAGCCAGGAGCAGUUACUGUGUCCUUCAUGCCACCGCGGUGUCUCCUGCUUCCAAUCCUGCUGUGUUUAGGACCCCGGGAUGCACUGAAUCUGCCUGGAGACUUAUCAGCAGCCUUGAGUCCAGCUGCAAAUUUAAUUCCUGUUUGCCAUUUCAUCCAAUAGUCAUUGGCUUUGGGGACCUGUGGGUCCCACAGGGUUGACCCCUGGAAACCAGAAACUCUGUUUCCCAUCAAGCACCUGCUACUCCAUAGACUCUUCUCCUCUCUGGCCAUGAAAGCCCUUCUCAGCACUGAGCCAGCCUUGAUUAUUCCUCGUGGUUUAAGGCUAGGAUUUAAAGUCCCCUUUCCCAGGUACUUGCUUUACAAAACUGGCCAGGAACUGGCUGGUAUAAGCAAUGCACAAAGGCCUUCAUAUUUUUGUAGAUGUUAACUUGUUUGAUGACAUUACUAUUUGUAAUAUUAUAUUUAUAGUAUUGAUUUUGUAUGCACGUAUUCAGGACAGAAUUUAGGGUGGUUGUUUUUUAUAUAGCUUGAUAUAAAACUUUUCAA